AUGUCCAAGGUCAACCACAGGGCCAAGCUCGCAGAGCUCAAGGCCCUUCGCAAAGCUGGCAAAAAAGCCUUUGACAGCUAUGAAGUGGAGGAUGUCAAUGCCUUGUACGACGAAGUGGACGAGGAUGGUUACAAGAAGAUUGUCAGAGACCGCUUGAAUCAAGACGAUUUCGUUGUCGACGACAAUGGCGAAGGCUAUGCCGACGACGGCCGUGAAGACUGGGAUCGUGUCCGUCAGUAUGAUUCUGAGAGCGACCUGGAGGACCUGCCUGCGCGAGGUCGCCCAAGCAAAGCCAAAAAAGCAAACCGCCAAGCAGAGCAAGCCAAGCGAGAUGCCAACGACCGUAAUAUUAGCGAAUACUUCACCAAAAAUGCGACCAAGCCUCAGCAAAAGCCAAAGAUCGUCAAGACCGAAGACGACGAGGACUUCAUGGCAAACCUACUUGGUGAGGUCGACAGCAACAUCCCGGCCCCCGCACCAAGAAUCUCAAAACAGGAGCGCUCAGGAGAACGCCGCAAGUCCAGGGCACUUUCGCCUGCUCCAGAACCUGUCGGAAAGAAGCAAAAACGACUCGACACUCGACUGCCUUCGCCUCCAUCUGCUGCUCCUCUCAGCGAUGAUGACGGAUACAUGCCGCCUUUAGACGAGGAGCUGAUGCCUGCCUUCGACGUACCAAUGAGCGACCCAGCGCCGUCUUCUCCCGCUGCUAAAGUAGCACAACGCAAAGCUCAGCUGAAGCAAGAAAUUAAGAAGGAUGACUCUGAUGACGAAGAAGCGAUGGAGGUCGCACACGCUGCUUCUGUUACAACGGCCUCUGUCAAUCUGGCCAGCUCUCGCCCUAUAAAAAAGCUACGUAAGGAGGAGCCUUACCCGUCGCCAGCGAGCUCUUCACCGGUUAAGCCAGUGGACGACGUCGAUUCGUCGUCUUGGAACAAAUUAACCGAGAAGCUCAACGUUGUUAGCAACCCUUCAGAGACGCGCAGCGUAGGCAAGAUCGACCACAACGACGCCAUCGAGGCCGAUGGCAGCUUGAACUUUUUCUGGACUGACUACACUGAGAUCAACGGCAGCCUCUGUCUUUUCGGCAAAGUAUUGAACAAGAAAACAAGAGAAUAUGUCAGCUGCUUCGUCAAGGUCGACAACAUCCUGAGAAAGCUUUAUUUCUUGCCGCGCGAGCAUCGCCUCCGUGGUGGUGAGGAGAGCGACGAGAGCGUUGAAAUGAUGGACGUUUACAAUGAGGUUGAUGACCUCAUGACCAAGAUGAAUGUCGGCAUGUACAAGAUCAAGGCUUGUACUCGCAAAUACGCCUUCGAGCUCCCUGGAGUGCCAAAGGAAGCACAGUACAUGAAACUGCUCUACCCAUACACCAAGCAACAAGUCGACCCCAAUGCCACUGGCGAAACCUUUUCCCAUGUAUUUGGAUCAAACACCGCACUCUUUGAGCAGUUCGUCCUAUGGAAGAAUGUCAUGGGUCCUUGCUGGCUCAAGAUUGAAGACGCCGACUUCGGCGCCAUUAAGAACGCCUCCCACUGCAAAUUGGAAGUCCUGGCUGAACAUCCUAACAUGCUGUCAGUUGCAAGCGAAUCAGAUAACCUUGAUGCGCCUCCCUUGACUCUCAUGAGUGUUGCUUUGCGCACCGCAUUCAAUGCCAAGGAAAACAAGCAGGAGAUACUUGCCAUUAGUGCAAGAAUCUACGAAAAGGUGCUUCUCAGCGAUACGACUCCUGCCGAGAAGCUGCCCUGCAGAACAUUCACAAUUAUUCGACCGCAGGGUCAAAACUUUCCCCUGGGCUUCGAGCAGCUCGCCAAGGCUCGCAACCGCGGUCUGAUUGUUAUGAAGAAGCAAGAAUCCGAUAUUCUGAGUUUCUUCUUGGCCCAGAUCGACGUUGCUGAUCCUGAUGUCAUCCUCGGCCACCAGCUGGAAGGUGUCGACUAUAGUGUCCUCUUGAAUCGUCUACAAGAAAAGAAGACUCACCAGUGGUCGAGACUCGGAAGAUUUAGAAGGACCCAGUGGCCGCAAUCGCUUGGCAAGAUGGGCGGCAACGUCUUUGCAGAGCGCCAAAUCAUUGCCGGCCGACUGCUUUGUGAUUUAGCAAACGAGGCAGGCAAAUCUGCCAUGUACAAGUGUCAGACUUGGAGCUUAACUGAAAUGUGCAGUCUCUAUCUCUCUGGUGAUAAUCGCCGCCGCGAGAUCGACAAUGAGGCUGCCCUGAAUAGCUGGGCCAAGGAAAAGCAAGGUCUCAUGGACUACAUCACACACAUGGAGGCUGAUACACAUUACAUUGCUGCGCUGGCCAUCAGCGUCCAGAUGCUUCCGCUGACAAAGGUCUUGACCAAUCUUGCCGGUAACUCUUGGGCGCGCACCUUGACUGGUACCCGAGCCGAGAGAAACGAGUACAUUCUUCUUCACGAAUUCCACCGCAACAAGUUUAUCUGCCCUGACAAGCAGACGUUCCGCGGCCGCCAGAAGGCUUCAGAUGAGAAUGACGAGGAGGCAGGAGAGGGCAAGAAGAAGGACAAGUACAAGGGCGGUCUCGUUUUCGAGCCCGAGAAGGGUCUUUACGAUAAGUUUGUCCUUGUCAUGGACUUCAACUCGUUGUAUCCCUCUAUCAUUCAAGAAUUCAACAUCUGCUUCACAACGGUCGACCGCACCGUUUUGAGCGAAGACGAUGAUGCUGUUCCUGAAGUACCAAAAGACCAAGACCAGGGUAUCCUCCCUAAGCUGAUCUCGACACUUGUUGGGCGACGUCGCCAGGUCAAGCGUCUCAUGAAAGACAAGGACGCCACAACCGAACAACUUGCCACCUGGGACAUCAAGCAGCUUGCCCUAAAGCUAACUGCCAACUCCAUGUACGGUUGCUUGGGUUACACCAAGUCCAGAUUCUACGCCCGUCCCCUCGCCGUCUUGACCACAUUCAAGGGCCGUGAAAUUCUCAGAAGCACCAAGGAGCUCGCAGAAAGCAAAUCCCUGCAAGUCAUCUACGGCGAUACUGACUCGGUCAUGAUCAACGCCAACGUGGACUCCGUGGCGGACGCUUUCAAGGUUGGCAAUGAGUUCAAGAAAGCUGUUAACGAGCAAUAUCGUCUUUUGGAGAUUGACAUCGACAAUGUCUUCCGCCGUAUUCUGCUGCAAGCCAAGAAGAAGUAUGCUGCCAUCAACCUCGUCGAGAAGGAUGGCAAGUUUAUUGAACAGAUGGAAGUGAAAGGUCUGGACAUGCGACGUCGUGAAUAUUGCGCCCUAUCGAAGGAAAUCUCGAAACACCUUCUAGAUGAGAUUCUGUCGGGCGAGGAGACCGAGGUUGCCAUUUCGCGCAUCCACGAAUAUCUUCGAGAUAUUGCUAUCAAGAUGCGCGAACAGACUAUUCCUGUUGCCAAGUACAUCAUCUUCACCCAGCUCGGCAAGGGGCCCAAAGAGUACCCCAACGCCGACUCCAUGCCUCAAGUUCAAGUCGCCCUCCGCGACAUUGCCCGCGGCAAGACUGUCCGCAAGGGCGACGUCGUCUCGUACGUAAUUACUGGUGAUGGCAAGAGCUCUGAGCCGCCCGCCAAGCGGGCUCAUGCGCCUGGCGACCUCAAGACGGACUCGACACUGAUUCCGGACGUUGAGUGGUAUCUUGGCAAGCAAAUCUUCCCUCCCGUCGAGCGUCUCUGCGCCAAUAUUGUCGGCACUUCCACCGCACAGCUCGCCGAGCAGCUCGGUUUGGAUGUCCGCCGCUACAACUCUCUGCAGACGCAGCAAAACAGCGCUAGCGACGACCUCGAGAUCCAUCCUUUGGAGUCUCAAAUCCCCGACGAGGUUCGCUUCGCUGACUGCACACGGCUCUCUCUACGUUGCCGUAAGUGCAAGUCUUGUACAUCCUUUGAGGGUCUCGCCGCGGCUCCUGAUCGCGUCUCUGCCUCGGGUGUCGUUUGUGGCGCCUGCAACGCCAUUAUCCCGAACCUCUCAAUCGUGGCCCAAAUGGAGCACGCAAUUCGCGUCCAGACCACGCGAUACUACGAGGGCUGGCUCGUCUGUGACGACUCACAGUGCGGUAACCGCACGCGCCAAAUGAGUGUCUACGGUACGCGCUGUCUCGGCCCCAAAGGUCUCGCCCGCGACUGCCUGGGCCGCAUGCGCUACGAGUACACGGAAAAGCAAAUAUACAAUCAACUGGUGUACUUUACCACCCUCUGGGACGUGGACCGCGCUCGCGGCCGCGCCGCUGCCACUGACAGCGCCAUGGCCAGCCAGGACCGCGAAAAGGUCCUCGCCCUCGCCGAGCACAACCGCGUGCGCUUCGGCACCGUCAAGGGCGUCGUAGACCGGUACCUUGACAAGUGCGGCCGCCAGUGGGUGGCCAUGGACUCGCUGUUUGCGCGUCUGGGCUUCAACAAGCUCAUUGCUGCAUCAUGA